AUGGCUUUCUGGAAGUUCCUUGUAGCUUCGCUGUUGGCAGCUUCGUCGCUGGCUACGGCUUCGACAGCUUGUCGCUGCUUUCCUGGUGACGCGUGUUGGCCGUCUCAGGCAGCCUGGUCUCAAUUCAACCAGUCUGUUGAUGGUCGUUUGAUUAAGACCACCCCUUUGGGAGCUCCCUGCCAUGCUCCCAACUAUGACGCCGACACUUGCGCGACAUUGAAGUCAGGAUGGUUGCUUCCGGAGGAACAUUAUGAUUCCUCCUCCUCUGUUAUGGCACCUUUCUUUGCCAAUGGCACAUGUGAUCCGUAUCAUGCCAUAUCUAAGCCCUGCGCCUUGGGCAAUUACGUUCGCUACAGUGUUAAUGUGAGCUGUCCGGAGCAAAUUGCGACUACAAUCAAGUUUGCGACGAAACACAACAUUCGUCUGGUUGUUCGAAACACAGGUCAUGACUACAAUGGCCGAUCCACUGGAGCUGGUGCUUUGGCUAUCUGGACCCACCAUCUCAAGGAUCUCGAGAUUCAUGACUACAAGGAUCAACAUUAUGAGGGCCAGGCCAUCACAAUGGGUGCCGGUGUCCAGGGUUUCGAAGCAUAUGAGCUUGCAGAUGCGAGUGGCUACCAGGUCGUUGGAGGAGAAUGUCCUACCGUUGGCCUUGCUGGCGGAUACUCUCAGGGUGCUGGGCAUUCUGCGCUCGCUUCGCGCUAUGGCCUCGCCGCUGACCAGGUGUUGAAGUGGGAAGUCGUCGAUGGCCAGGGCAACAUCAUCACUGCCACUCGCGACAAUGAUUACUCAGACAUCUUCUGGGCUCUUAGCGGUGGUGGUGGUGGCACCUACGGUGUCGUCUACUCUAUGACCUCGAAGGCCCACCCUGCUACCCCGGUCUCUGGUCUCAAUUUGACCUACUAUACCACCAAUCUCACUCUGGAUACCUUCUACGAGACUAUUGAGGUUUUCCACACUAACCUGCCUGCAAUCGUCGAUGCCGGUGCCAUGGCGAUUUGGUACUACACCAACGCUUUCUUCUCAAUUUCCCCAAUCACGGCCCCCAAUAUUCCAGUUGCCGAUCUGAUCGCUCUGGUCAAGCCUUUCACCGACCAUCUUGACAGCCUCAACAUCAACUAUACCAUGUCAGCUAGCCAGUAUGAUACCUACUAUGACCAGUUCCAAGCCAUGCAAGGCACCAUCGAGGUCGGCACAGCGCAGUAUGGAGGCUGGCUCGUCCCGAGAUCGGUUGUGGAGAACAACAACACGGCUUUGGUCCAGGCAUACCGCGAGAUCACUGAGGCUGGUGCUACCUUCAUUGGUGUCGGCCUGAAUGUUUCCAAGAAGGGGGACGUUUAUAACGCAGUUCUCCCUGCCUGGCGUGAAGCUCUGAUUGAUACUACCUUGACCACCCCGUGGGAAUGGGAUGACCCGGCCCUGAUGCUGGAGAGACAGAACCUGAUGACUGAUGUUUUCCUUCCUAAGUUGGAGGCACUGUCUCCUAACUCGGGCGCCUACAUGAACGAGGGCGACUUCCGCCAGCCGAACUUCAAGAAGGCCUUCUACGGCGUGAACUAUGAUGCCCUCCGAAAGAUCAAGGCGAAGUACGACCCGAACAGCGUCCUGUACGGCAAGACUAACGUCGGAUCUGACGAGUGGCGUGAGCGUGAGGAUGGGCGACUUUGCCAGGUCUCUCAGUGGCAGCCGGAUUGGGUCGAGUUUGGCACUGUGUAUUAA